CCACCACACAUAUACUUCUUCCUCCACUUUUCUCUCCACGUUUUGUCCUUUAACACAACAUAACACAGUCACUCACACACACACACACAAACAAACUAAGAAGCCUUUUGGUCUGAAUCUGGUACCCUAAAUACACAAGAAAACAAUGGAGUCGUUAAAGCUAUUCAUCUCUCUCUUUCUCUUCUCUUUCUUAUCUUUCUUCUUAGGUGCUGAAUCUGAUCAUCUUCAGCAUAGUGACUUGAAGCGUUUGAAACCGAAUAGGUUGUUCGUGUUCGGAGAUUCAUAUGUAGACACCGGAAACAUAAGGAAGUCUCUCUCCGAUUCCUGGAAAGUUCCUUACGGCGUCAGUUUUCCCGGACAUCCCUCAGGUCGUUUCUCCGACGGCCGCGUCGCCACGGAUUUUCUAGCAAGAUACUUGGGGAUAAAGUCACCGAUGCCCUACACGUGGAGGAAUUACGCGGGAAAGGAACGGCUGUUGUACGGAAUGAAUUACGCGUACGGAGGGACAGGAGUGUUCAAGACUCUAAAUAAUCCAUUGCCAAACAUGACAACUCAGAUUGAUUAUUUCCAAAACGUCCUCGACGCCGGAAACAUCUACUCUCCCUCCCACCUCUCCUCCUCCCUUGCUCUCGUCAGCGUCGCCGGCAACGACUACGGCACUUUCAUGCUCCAAAAACGCCCCAUGACCGAGUUCCCGGGAUUCAUCAAGCAAGUUGUUGAUCAAACUGAGGUAAACUUGAGACGCAUCCACAAGUUGGGAGUGAAGAAGGUAGCAAUGGCUUCACUGCAGCCACUCGGAUGUCUCCCUAGCAACACCGCCUUUACUUCAUUCAAACAUUGCAACGCAUCAGAUAACGCAUUCGUGAAUCUCCACAACACUUUGCUGCAUCAAGCCGUGGCCAAGCUCAACAAUGAGACCGAGCCAUCCACUUUCGUCAUUCUUGAUCUCUACGAUGCCUUCUUGACUGUCCUCAAGAACAAAAGACCGGAACUUGGGGUUACGAGGUUUGCGAACCCUUUGAAACCGUGUUGUGUCGGGGUUACAAGCAAUUACGCGUGCUCAAGCGUGGACAAGAAGGGCGAGAAGAAGUAUACAAUUUGUGAAGAUCCAAAGACUUUCUUCUUUUGGGACGUCUUUCAUCCGUCCGAAGAAGGAUGGAGAUCCGUUUACUCGGUCUUACGCGAAAAUCUCAAUGUCAGAGUUUCAAGUCGAGCUCACUGGUUCAAGUCUCAACACGUUCGAGCAGCUGGUCCAUAAUAAUAUACUAAUAGCUUGUUUUAGUAUUGGUAAUGGGUUACUAAUAAAGCGUUCAAAUUCCGUAAAAUGCCUGUUGUGAGACUAAAAAAACGUUGAAAACUGAGAAGAGCAGAUACGUACGCCGGCAACACCACCUCCAACGAUAAUGUACUUGUAGCUCUUUUCUUCAGCCAUUAAUGGAAAAAAACCCUCUUUCUCAGUUUAUUUCUGGUAACUUUAUUGGAAACUGAUUAAUUUGAUGUUUAUGUAAUGUAGAAAAGAUGAGGCUCGAAUCAAGGUUUUGUCUGUAUUUGCCUAAUAUGACUCGAUUUG